AGUGGCCCUCGGCUCUACGGGCGAGCCGCCAAGCCGGACGGCGCGGUCCGAUCGGCGGUUCAGCCAUGUUCUGGCGAUGGCAGGAGAUCUUCUUCGCCUUUGCGAUCCUAGGGCCGUACUUGAUGACCUACGCCUGGUCGCUGAGCUUCUGGGUUCGCCUCUGCGCGGGUUUUGUGGCUCUCAGCUCAGCGGCCUCGCAGGUGAUUUUUUACCAGAACCCGGAUGAGUCGGUGGUGGAGAAUGCGGCCAACCCUUUCGGCAACAAGUCCCAGGACUACAUUGCCCUGUGCGUGGCCUGCGGCGUGUGCGGCUCCUUGUUCGCAGCCUUUGCCGAGCCCAUCGGUCUGCUGAUCAUUAUGCUCUGGGGCGUGUUUUCCGUGUACUCUAUGGGCACCGUGGCGGCGGAGCACUUCAACCCUCCGCCGCAGAAUGCGGAGGAGGUGGUCAUGGAGCUCUUUUGGUUCCGCAACACCGACAUGGAGAAGUUGUUGGGCGAGGGCCCCUCCAGCGCCCUUACCAUUAUUUGCUCCGUCAUCGCUGGGCUCGCCGGCUUGUUCAUCCUCACCCGCUUCUGUUGCAGGCCGCCCAAGAACCUGCAGCACUUCCUGGCCGGACUCUUCGGCGCGCCCUGCGGAGCCCUGGCCACCGUGCAGGCCAUCUACUUCUACUGGAACUCCGAUGGCAGUGAAGCACCCAUGGUCUACGGCAUGGUGGCGGGGAACCGGUAUAGGUGGUGUUCCGAUCCGUCGUCCUGCAAGAUCUUCUUCUGUACGUUUUGCAUCCUGAUCAUUGUGAGUUUGAUGACCCAGCUACUGAUCUACAGCGGCUUCAAGGAGGUGUGGGAGGACAAGGUCUACUCGCCGGUGCCUUUUCGCCACCCUCGAGAGAGGAGUGUGAGCUUUACGGCCCGCGAGCUGGACACCUCGGAGGAUGACAUGGCGGACCCCUUGUGCGAAAAGUUCGGCGCGGGCGAGGAGGGUUCUGAGACUUGGCUCGCGAACCUACACACCCCGCGGUCUUGCUGGAUCUUCCUCACCAUGGUGGUCACGUUGUCCUGCGUUGCCAGCACAUGCUUCACGUACUUUGUGAAGUGGUCCGGCGACACGGCGACCCACUUCCUCGUGGGGUUGAUCUACAUCCUGACCAACGCCUUCUGCCUCUGGAGCAUCAUCGAAUUUUUCCUGCUCACCCUGUGGUUUCACACGAUCCGCCUGGUCUGCGGGAUGCCCCCGCUGCCGAAGCAAGACUACAAGUCCGGGCUGCCUCGCAAGGGCCGCACGGUGCUGGCGUACUGCUUGCUCUCUAAGAGCGAGACCAGCUCCAGGGAGACUUUCGAGACGGCGAUUGAGGCUCACCUGGCCAAUCUGGACCCCAACAUGCGAAUCACCACCAGCAUCGUCAGCGUCACGGGCACGCUGCCGCUGGUGCGCUACGAGCUGGACCUGCGGGACACCUGCCGCGACGCCAUCCGGCGCCGCCUCCAAGGCGAGGCAAAGGCGGUGAUGAUGGUGCAGGAUGGUGACCACCUGCGGCACCGCUUGCGCAACGCGCUUCAGGACGUGUCUGAAGACGCGGAGAUGCGCCUCGAUUUUUGGCUGAGUCUUCGGGACCAGCGAGGCGAGAGCGGCGACUUGUGGCAGGUGAUUGGAGGGAAGAUCGAGGAAGCGGCGCAGCACUUCGUGUACUUGCACAGGACCUCCAAGAUCCUCAAGAAGCCGGGGCAGUAUCAAGAUCUGAUCAUUUUGGGCGCCACCGGGACCAAUCUUGCAUACACCUACUUGAACACCGACUAUGGUGACAUGGGCAGAGAGAAGGAUAGCGAGUGCUUCGGCUUCUCCGGCAACGUCUCCGGCUCUGAGGCCAAUGGCGCCUACGAAGCGGCCAUCGAGGAGCUGAAGAAACGGGGCAUGCCCGACGUGGAGCUCAUCGCGAACUUCGGGCGGGACCCGCGGAACCGAUAUUUCUACACCAUGGUGCUGGAUUCAGACACGAUUUGCCCUGGCGGCUCCAUCCGGCAGCUGAUCGAAGCGGCGGAGCAUUCGGCCAACAGGAACUUCGGCAUCAUCAAUGCCAACUUGGCUGUGGACUACACGAGCGCGGAGGAUUGCACGUGGCACAUGUGGCGCAACGCGCUGAUGGAGGUGUCCACUGUGAACCUGGUGCGGGGUCAGUUUUGGAUCUUCAACAGGACUGGCUUCUACGGCAAGGGCUUGGUGCGGAACGACAUGUACAUCUCCCGGCUCAUUGGAGCGCCUGGGAAUCUGGUCGAGGCUUUGCCGGUGGACAUCCUCAGCCACGACACGGUGGAGGCAAAGCUACUUCAGCCGGCAGUGGACAUUAAUGUGACCCUCUACGAGGACGUGGCCCGCAAUCCCAUCUCCGCGCUCUCGCAGUCCACCCGCUGGAUGCUGGGCGAGGUGCGGAAUGCUUGCUACCAUCCGGAUGGCUCUUAUAAAGGGAUCAUUUCGUUGCUCACCACCUUGUACAGCUGCUUAGUGGAGUGCAAGAAGAGGCCCAAGGUCUGGGUGCGAUGGCGCGACGUGCCCUGCUCGGUGGCUGCGGAGUAUCUCUCGCAUACCGGGUUCAGGCUCUUCCACGCUGGGCCGGGCAUUCUGCUGGUGAAUAUCUUCACCUCGCUUUUGGCGCAGCAGAAGUAUGGCCUCGAGCUCCAGGUGCUGCCGGUCGUGGGCAUGUACGCCUUCCUUUUUACGGUGCUGGCCUUGUUCAUCAUCCCCAAGGGCUUCCUGAUGCUGGACAAGCUUCCGUCCUUGAACCUGGGCAAGUACCUCCUCUGCAGCAACAAGUCCUCCAAGAUCGGCGACGGGGACUUUUCCAGCUCUGAGGAGGAAGAAGACAGCAUGCUGGCGAGUCGGCGGCGACCUCGGGCGCAGAAUGGCGAGGACUCCGACAGCGAGUCGGAGGACGAGGAGGAAGAGGAGAAGCUGGGCCGCUGUGCAGUGCUGAUCAGGCAGCUGUCGUUGGCGAUGGUAGAGAUCACUUUGUCCAUCUUGCUCUUUAGCCCCGAGCUGAUUAUCGGGGUGGUGCGCUUGGUGCGGGGCUCUUGGGCACAGGUGACAGGCACGCAGAACUGGCAGCCGCAGGAUGCCGUGGAGAAAGAGGUGGAGCAGAAUCUGAGCGUGAUGUAUGUCUUCAAGAAGACCUGGUUUGUCUUCGCCUGCGGCGUGGCAUAUCUCAUUUAUGCCAUCGUCUAUGACAUGUCAGACACUCUGGUGUUUCUGCUCAUCGUGUCUUGGAUCGCGUAUCCCUUGACCACGUACUGGAUGUGCAUGAAGUUUCAGCCCAGCUGCAAGAAGUCCUUCUUGUGGAAGUGGGUCAUGGAUGUGAAGCGGAACCACGGCUGAGCCGCGCCAGCCGGGCACUUCGCCGUAACGGGCGUUGCCGUGCCGAGAAGCUGACACAGACAAAAUUUCAGCAUCGCGACCUCACGAAGCAAAAAAGCGGUUUUUGCGGGCGAAAUGGCCAUGGUAAGGCUCUUGAUUUGCGUUUUUCGCACUUGGCGCAGAAUGAUUCAGCGACCAGUUGGGUCGAGCUGGUUUUUGAGAGACAGACCCCUGCGAUGAGAUUUAGAGAUUUGCGCGCCUCUCACUGCAGGGAUUGAUUUUCCAAUGCCGUUAGGCAAAAUGACUUGAGCGGAGCCGGACAGACCUGACUCACUUUUUGAGGGAGAGA